AUGUCCGUUACUGCGAAAAACUUUUACCGUCGUCCAUUACCCGAUUCUUGCGUUGACUUUGCCAGCGCACUCGGCAAAAAGCUGUUUUCCGAAUCUCUGCAAAACGGUAUUUCUUUCUUGGACUCACAAAGUUUGAAUUGCAAUUAAGGUUGUGCGAAUAUUUAUUUCAAACUCGCUUCGCAAUUUCUCACUCAAGACGAGCCAGCGUACUGCGGUCUCAGCACAUUGGGUAAGUAAUACAAGGACAAUGUUCGACUCAAUUUCUCAUUUUAAAGAUUUUAGCGGUCUUAGAAUUUAAUUUUUUUGCCUCAGAGUGGGUCAAAAGACAAAAGUAUUCCUUAGUAACUCAUGUUUGAAAAGGGAAAAAGAAACAUUCAAAGAUAGAAAGAAACGAAAAUUGAAAAAAUCAAAUUACAGUUAUGGUGCUGAAUGCCUUAGAAGUGGAUCCGGAGCGAGUCUGGAAGGCUCCUUGGAGGUUUUAUCACGAAUCAAUGCUUGACUGCUGCGUUCCGCUUGAAAACGUCAAAAGGUAUAAAGCAGAUAUCUCAAACUUAAUUUUUGUACGCCUUUUUAAACUUUUUAGGUUCAUAAAGUUUAUAAUACUUUUAUUGAAAAUAUUGAAGAAUUUUACAAGCCUGUCUGAAAAGUUUCGGUGAUUACCGAAUUCUUAAAAAAAAUUUUUUGAGCGAUUACUCUACAAAGAGAUCAUAAACUGCAAUACUCUAUUAACAACCGACUGAAAACUCUUUCUCGAAUUCUAACGGAAAAAAGAAGCCAGAGUUUUAUAUCUGUGUAAAGCUUUCUAUAAAUAGAGAUUUGAAAGAACUUUCUGUGGAUAACUCGAAUUUAGAUGCAUACUACCUAUUCUGAAAAUAAUAGAUCCACUUUUGUUCACUUUUUGUGGGCUUUCUUGAUGCAGAACUAUUGCAAAACGCCGGCUCUUACAUGUAAUUUGAACAGAACAGGAAUCAACCUGGCGCAAUUCGGAUGUUUGGCGAUAUGCAAUCGCCUCAACACGCGCGUCAUGUACGGCAACGAUUCGAACGGUAUCAGUGGAGCCUCUUUCUUCCCGAUCCCAUUCGGGGUUUGCAGAAUUCCUGGUCAGUCUGCGGAAGACGCUAGUCGAGUCUGUUCGAGGGGACGACACCGUCGUCGUCGCUUCUUAUGAUCGCUCGGCUCUGGGACAGACUGGAGCCGGUCGGCCUUCUCGUGAAGUAAAUAUCGAUGGAAGUCAGUUCAGGGCAUUUCUCGCCGUUAGCCGCGUACCAUGAAGAGUCCGAUCGUGUGCUCAUAAUGGAUGUGGCGCGAUUCAAGUACUGCUGUGAAUGAAAUUUUCGAUGUUCUGAAAUCCCAGGUACCCUCCCCAUUGGGUCUCUUUGGUCGACCUUCAGAAGGCACUCUGUUCUGUCGAUCCGAGUACCAAGAAGCCUAGAGGUCGGAAAGAAACUUCUGGAAUAAGCGAAAAUUUAUUUAAAGAUUUGCAGGUUACGUCAUUUUAAAUCUACGGUCAGGCACACGACCACUGAUAAUGUUUGGCUUGAAGGCUAAUUUGGCGAUUAAUGAUUCUGAGGUUUCUUUGGAAAAAUUUCGGUUCAACUCACGGCUUUACAGUAUGCAAUGUCAGUGAUAGCGUGGAAGGAGUUCCUACUGUGUGACCCAUUGUCCGACGAAAAGGAAGAAUUCCAACUUUGUUGCAGGUUUUUUUUUGAGAUUUACGAAUUUAUUGUGAAGUUGGACACAGGCGUUUUGGUCAGUGUUUUGCUCCUCAUGCGCUCUGUUGCACGCAAAAAAUCGCCGAGGCAGACCUAGUGAGUCAAUCAAAAGUUGAUUUUUAAUACUUCUAUCAUAUUUUGGAAUUUGGAUAUUUUUUUGCAUUUCAAAUCUCUACAACUUGAAGCGGUCGCGCUGCAAAGAAGGCGUGGAUGAGCACUCGGAGGCGUGCAAGACGAUCUACUCUGAAAUAAGACAGACGCCGUUCGCCCAAGUGUUCUCCAGCAGCGCCGUCGCCGCCCUCAUGCUCGCUUGGCCGUAUGAAGUCAGUCUUUGUCAUUUCUUUUUUCCUUUCCGGACAGUUAUUCAAAUUUCAAGCAAUGGUGAGAGAUGAUUAAGUUUUUGUGAUUUGCUUGAAUUUGAAGGGUUUUUGUUGAUAGAAAUAACAAAUGGUGUCAUAAUAAUUGUUAAAAAUGGAAAAAUAAGAUAAAUUUACUUUGAGAAGUCCGUAUGAAAGUUAUUUAGACUAUUCGAAAGAGCGUCCCUUCAAAUCCAAUCAUAAAGAUUUUUCUGCCUUCAUCAAAAUUUUUUUUAAAUCGCAAAAAGCGUAUAUUGUAAUAACCACGUUAGAGGUUUUUAAAUUUGUGAAAAACUACUUUGAGACCUCGAUAAACUUAAUUAUGCAUAACGUAGGAAGUCGGCUUUCAGGAAAAUAACGCGAAAUACGGCAAAAAAAGUUUUACUGCGUUAUCGAGAUUUCUCUGAUGGCCUUCAUCAAACUUUUUUACCCGUAAAAGUCUUGAUUUCAGCCAUCUUUCUCGGAACGCAGCGACCGCCUGUACAUUUUAACGAAUGAACAAAAAUCGCGUUUCUCAAUGGAUACCCAAAAUGAAAUAGGUGAAUCUCAAAGAAUCGACCUGACCGACCAUUUUCAGAGCAGCUGACCGUGCAGAUCAGUACUUUGAUCUGCUGCACGAAGUCGCCGCCACAGCUGAGUCGCAAUGGCUCCGCCUCCUCUAAGUGCAGCCGGAGCAAGCAGGCCAACGGCCUCGAUCCCUGCUCCUGCCAGUCCGAUGUACAUCUCUGAUGGCCGAAGAAGCCGUGAAUUGUUACUUAACACUUUCUUGCAAUAUAAUAUCGGUAUUCGUUUAUGGGAAAAAUUUGAGUUUUCAUUUAAAAUCCUUUAAACAUUUUGAAAAACAAAUUUGUAGCUUCUUGUGGAAAAAUUAAAAAAAUAUAUGUGAGAAAAAAGGUCAUUUUUUUCUUUUAGUUAGAUGCAUGUUUCUAUCGGUUCUUUCGCCUUGCCGUUUGGAACGGAAAUGCGUGCUGGCCGAUGCCGUACGCAACGCGGUCCGGCUAGACUCAGCCUGCGAAGCGGUUUGCAAGAGAGUGGACAGACAUGAGAGAUUUUUGCAUCAUUCUCCGCCGGCUGAGCCGAGCUCGGUCGAGAAAAAAUCCGCUAGCCGCGCCAAAUAG